GAGGAGACGUUUGUAGAUUAGAUUCAAUGUACAACUUUUUUGUUUUGAACCAGUAUAAAGAAAGUGUGGUUACAUGAGGUAUACAUGGAUGCAAAUACAUUUUUGAAGGCAACUAACUUCCUCACAUGUGUGAUACAGCUUCUCUGUGUGUUCCUCUGUUUUCACAUAACUCUGCUCAGAAGGAAAAUAUUUAACAUAAAGGGGGAGGGGAAAACAAGAGGAAUUGGUAUUUUUCUAUCAACACUGAAAUCACACUGGCACCUUUCAGCACCUGGAGAUCCAGCUACAUUUCUAUGAAAGUACGAGGUUGACAGCAAGACAAGACAUGAGGGUGCAAACUUUCUCAAGAGCGCAAAUUGUGCAGGAGUUUCGUUUGCGAUGCCAGGCACAUGCAGCCAAUGACAACAAAGGCUUUAAACAGGAGUUUGAGGAGCUAGAUUUAGUUGGCAAAGAACUUCCCAUUACAGCAGGGGACUUAGAGGCAAACAGAGAAAAGAACAGAUACCCCUACAUAUUGCCAUAUGACCACUGUCGCGUGAGGCUGUCAGUCCAAAACUCCCAACCACACACUGACUACAUCAACGCAAACUUUGUCCCUGGAGGAGGUUCAGAAAGAGACUUUAUCUGCACCCAGGGUCCUUUGAACAACACCAUGGCUGACUUCUGGAGGAUGGUGUGGGAGCAGAACGUCAGGAUAAUCGUUAUGGUGACAGCUCUGAAACACAAGGACAUAGUGCUGUGUGAUAAGUAUUGGCCUCUGCAACAAGGGACAGUUUAUCAUGGACUGAUCCAAGUGACUACAGUGAUCCGUAAACAGGGUCCAGAUUAUUUUGUUACCACCAUUAACCUCAGACAGAGAGAUUGUCCAACUGACAGGCUAAUCACACACUACUACUACCCAGCCUGGCCGGACCGGGGCAUCCCAAAAGACUCAUCCUCUCUCUGUGCCUUCACUGAGUAUGUGCGGCAGCAAAUGGAAGCGAUUCCACGCCUGGGACCGGCCGUGGUGCACUGCAGUGCAGGUGUUGGGCGUUCAGGGACAUUUGUGACGCUGUUGUGGCUGAUGCAGCUGUGUGCGAGGGGCAUCAAACCUGAUGUCCGGGCUGCCGUGGAGGACCUAAGGCUACAUCGAAUGUGGAUGGUCCAAAAUCAGGAGCAGUACAUAUUUGUUCAUCAGUGUCUGCUGCACUGGCUCAGUGGAGGGAGCUCAGCACGCAGGCCACAAAUUCAGGGAGCCAGUUCAAAUAUUAACCAACACAGUUCCUCAGGAAGGGGGAGCAGCGGUGGGAGGAGACACCGCCAUCACCGACAGACAGCUCCAUCAGACCAACCACAGACCGCAAUGCAACAGAUCUUAAACCCUGGGAACCUACUGAGGAGGUUACUGCCUUCUUCUUCAUCGUUUAAUCCAGGAUCAAACGCCUUCUGAACUCACCAACUGUACAGCCGAUACUACAGACACAAACAAGACUAAGGGUUAAAAAAAAAAAAACAGCGGUAUGCAUGCCCUCAUACAGCUCCUCAGGAAUUAGACUGCAGAAAUAAAGCUUGUUGUGCUUGUGACGCCAAGCCCUGCAGGUGGAAAACCGGCCUGACAACAUGCGAAUAUAUGCUGGUAAAGAAACCACAGACGCAGCACUUUCUUUUUGUGACCAAAAGUAAAUAUUAAGGGCGUAACAUGCCGGACAGGUCAAACCUGUUCUGUGAAUUAAUUACCAGGAGAUUCACAAGAACACAAUGAUCAAGCUGCUCCCUAUGCACAGUUAGAUCCUCAGGGUGUACAGCUAGCUGAACAAUUCACUGUUUUUAUAUCUUUGUCUCCAUUAUUGAUAAAGUGAUGCUGCGGGAUUACUUUAUUUAGUUUCCUCUUUUGAAAUCAUUGUGCAUUAUUUCACAUCACACAUAAGUACUCAAGAAUGCAUGUGCAUAAUUUAUAGCGGACUUGCUAAAAAGGCAGACACAUGUUGGUAUAGUGGCUGUACUAAAAAGGUCAUGUUUCAAAAACACACAGGCACUGUCAUUCUCCUUAGAAGACUGAAACCCAUUACAGUACAUGAAGGAGCUAUGAGCAUUAUAGAACAUAAAAGGGCUAACCCUCUUCUUUUUCUUUUAAGAGUCUUUCAUUUGUCGGAUAAUAAACAUGUAUGAUACAAUAGAUCCCUCCUCGGGUACGUUUUGGGGUUUGUGAUGGACAGGAGAGAGAAAGGCGGGUCCAGCAGAAGUCACAUCCUUCGCCCUUCCUCUACGUUUCCACCGUGUGGCAAGUGCUAAUAGCUGCAGGGCAAGUGGCGAGACUGUAUUGCAAUAAAGUCUGUUUGCUGAAGUGAUUCAAUGCUCCUAAGCUAGUCCAACAGCAAGCAACAAUUACUAAAAAGCGAGUGAUCUUCAGAGUUUGCUGUAUUGUGAACUGAGCUCAAGACAGAUAAGUGAAAUACAAAAAAAAGGGAUUAUUCACACAACUUAAAAUCGCUUUAGCCUAUGUUUGGCUACAUAAUGCAGUCCUAACGGCCCGUCCACACAGCGGCGUGCGUUGAAGCUUCCAACGCUUCUGCCCAUUCACUUUGAAUGGGGUGACAUCACUUUUAGCCGAACUGCAUUUUGGGAAGCGACGU